GGAGGAUCUAAACCACGGUGGAUCUCACAAAAUAAACAAUGCCAUCGCACAGGCUAUCCUAGCCAAGCGGAUGGGCCUCAAAAGUGUUGUGACCGCCACAGGCACCGGCCACCACGGCGUUGCUACCGCCGCUGCAUGUGCCAAACUUGACUUGGUUUGUACGGUUUUUAUGGGAGACUUUGAUAUGGAGAGGCAGCCGUCUAACGUGCUCCUCAUGAACCAUCUUGGUGCUAAGGUGAAAACGGUAGUAAAGGGGAACUUCAAGGAUGCAAUAUCAGAUGCGAUAAGAAGCUGGGUAGACAACCUAGAGACGUCAUAUUUCUUGGGAGGGGUCGCUGUAGGGCCCCAUCCAUGCCCGACCAUGGUUCGAGAGUUUCAGUCGGUCAUCGGGAAAGAGACAAGGAAACAGGCGAUAGAAAAGUGGGGCGGGGAACCAGAAGUAUUGGUGGCAUGCGUUGGGAGUGGGUCAAAUGCACUGGGACUCUUUCACGAGUUCAUCAGAGACCCAAAUGUGAGAUUGAUCGGAGUUGAAGCCGCCGGUGUCGGGUUACAUAGUGGAAGACAUUCUGCUACUUUGACAAGGGGUGAGAUUGGUGUCUAUCAUGGAGCAAUGAGCUAUGUUUUACAAGACGAGGAUGGUCACAUCAUGGAACCCUACUCGGUUGGGGUUGGAAUGGAAUAUCCUGCGGUUAGCCCAGAGCUUAGUUUUCUUAAAGACACAGGGCGUUUAGAGUGCUAUACUGUCACCGAUGAGGAAGCCAUGCAAGCAUACAAAAGGGUAUGUAAUUUAGAAGGGAUAUUUCCAGCGUUGGAGACAUGUCACGCAUUAGCAUUUCUUGAUAAGCUUUGCCCCACCCUAGCCGAUGGCACGAAGGUAGUGGUUAAUUGCAGCGGUCGUGAUGAUAAGGAUGCUCAUAAUCACUCCUCUAUGCAUAUACAAUCAGUAUAUACUACAGAUGAUAUACCACAGGCAUCAUCCAUUCAUCAUCAUUUAGGUAGUUCAUCAAUUUUCUAAUUUUGUAUGCAUAUGUUAUAUCAAUGUACGUCUGUAAUAGGGAGAAUUUACUACACCCAACGUUUUGGGCUAUAUUGUAUAUUGCACCGCACUUUCAGAAUCAUUAAUGUAUUUAUGUAUGAUCCACAUCACUUAAAAGUCAUAAAGGAAUUGAAUGAGGUUAUUUGGGAC